AUGGAAUCCAUACAACACGGUCUUCCAAUUGAACGCAUAGAUGGCUCAUGUGAAUUUGAUAUCAACGAUCUUAAAUGUAAUAUUUGUGCGAAUAUUCUUUGGCAACCGAUUGCAUGUAAGAAUUGUGAAACAGCCUUUUGUUCGACUUGCAUUAAUCAAUGGCUUGCCGAAAAUUCGGGAAUAUGCCGAAACGAAUGUCAAGAGUUUCUUCAACGACAAUGUCCUCGAUUAAUCAUGCAGCAACUUGCCCGCUUACAUUUUAAAUGUGUAAAUGCACUACAUGGUUGUGAUCAGGUUCUUCCAUACGACAACAUCGAAAAGCAUGAACAAGAAUGUAACUAUAAGCCACUAGAGUGUCGCGGUUGUCAUGCAACAGUAUUGAAAUUGAAUUAUGUUGAUCAUGAAAAUACUUGUGAAGAAAUUGAAUUGACAUGUUCAGAAUGCAACAUGAUCUACAAGAGAGGCGAUGCUGCUACUGUGCACACGGAAAUUAUGUGUCUUAAAGAACAACUUCGACAACUUCGACAAGACUUUGAAACUAAUAAACAACAAGCAAGUCAACAAAUUCAACAGUUAACUGAAAAAACGAAACCAUUACCUGAAGCCAUUCAACAAGUUCAACAAGUAUCCGAAACCAACAAACAACAAGCAAGCGAAGAGAUUCAACACUUACAGCAGACAUUCGAAGUCUAUAAGCAAGAAACAGGCGGAGAAAUUCAAAAGAUUCAAAAAACAUUUCAAACAAAUACAGAAACAUCGAACAAUGAAAUCAAACAAUUCAUCAAAAGGCUUGAACGUGAGUAAAUUGUUUUUCAUGCAUUUUUUCACCAGCCCAUCAUCUAACUGAGUUAAGCAUAGUAACCGGUUUAAAAUGUCACGAGAAUCUUGCUAUCGAUCCUAAAAUAUACAUAAGAUAUUGGUACGUCGUUGAGUUUAACUAUGGUACUCGAAUACAAUCAACAUAUUCAAUAGAGCUGCAUUAUAUGUAUUUGAUUGAAAAUCGAUCAGAGUUUCAACGUGUGAUCGAAAAGCACUAAAAUAGAAGCACAGCGUUAGGAAUUUGUUUUGGUAAAAACUCACUCUUCGCUUUAGAAUAUUCAUAUUUUUAAAAUUAAAAGAAAAAUGACUGUAAAUUGUGAUUAUAAGUAUAGUUGAGUGUUUUUUUUUUUCUAAACAUUGAUAAAAUUGGGGAUUAUGUUCGAGCAAAUAUGCAUGCAACCCAUGUAGACAAGAAUCCUACAAAAAUACGCUAAAAUUUCGUUACAACACCGGUUUAAUGAUAUUUGUACGGCGUUUAGCCACAUUAAUUCUGAACUUAGGUGUUUCACAAAAUCGAAGAAUAACUCGUUAUUUUCCAAUUUUUUAAAAUAAUUCAACGUGUUUUAACGGAUUUGUCUCUUGUGAUUCAUUGAAAUGUAGGAGCUUUGCCCAAUCACUUAUGCUUAUAUGAACACUCCAGAUGUGAAAGUUAUUAUUUGUUGAUCGUUCGAAUUUUUUUUAUCAGAAUAAUAAGUAAGGCCUGUUUUAAUAUUCAUAAAAAAUACGAUGUCCUUAAGAAGACAUUCGACUACUUUUGUUCUUUGUAUGUGUGAGAUUAAGUCAGCUUCUAUUUUCUGCUUGUUUCACUCGCUUAUGUGCUGUUUUUCUCAAAGUUCAAAUUUGAUUUUGGCCGAGUUAUGACGUAGCAUAAUUGUCAUUACGUUUUUUUCUUCCCAUGCUUCUAAUACUUUUACGAUUAUAGAAAUUUUCACGAAUGUUUUUUCUCUAUUAUUUAUAAUUAUUAUUUUUUUUAUCAAAAAAUGUCUUCUUACAUCAUUAAUACUCUUAUCAAAUUAAGGAUCUGUUGCUAAUUUUAUUGAGGAUGAAGUUUUCUUAGACCUAUUGAGAUUAUUAUACUUUCGUUUCGGCAUGAAUGAGCAUUGAAAACUGUGAAGAUUAUAUAAUCAAAAAAGGAUAACAAAAAAAAGAAGUUCAACAGUGGUACAUUAGAAAAUUAAUUACGUUUUUUAAUCGCCUCGGAAAUGGGUAGGCUAUACUGGCUGAAUAUAUAGGGUGUCCAGUAAGUAACUCCACAAAGAAAAAGUUGAAUAUCUUCAUUACAACUCGACCAAACGGGCUCAUUUUUUUACCAAGGAUAGAGGCAUGUUCACAUUUCAAAUCC